AUGAGGGAAUUGAAUCAGUCAAUGACCUCCUACUUCACUCUCAUGAGUCUUUUCAGCCACUCAGGACCACAUCUGGUCCUAUUCUCUCUUGUGGCUACCAUAUUCACCAUGGGCCUUCUGGGCAAUGCAAUCCUGCUCUUCCUGAUCCACACAGACUCUAGACUCCACACACCCAUGUACUUCCUGCUCAGCCAACUCUCCCUGUUGGAUGUUGGCUUUCCACUGGUCACCAUCCCCAAGAUGGCAGCUGACUUCUUGCAGGGAGAGGAUUUCAUCUCCUUCGAAGGUUGUGCAGCUCAGAUGUUCUUCCUGAUGUUGAUGGGUGUCUCUGAGGGUGUCUUACUAUCCCUCAUGUCUUAUGACCGCUAUGUGGCUGUGUGCCACCCCCUGCAUUAUCCUAUGCUCAUGAGACGUCAGGUAUGCCUGCUCAUGGUGGGCACCUCCUGGUUGUCAGGUGUGCUUGUGGCCUCCAUCCAGACAUCCAUCACCCUUCACUUCCCCUACUGUGCCUCACGCACUGUGGACCACUUCUUCUGUGAGCUCCCUGCCCUGCUCAAGCUCUCUUGUACAGACACCUCUGCCUAUGAGUUAGCGCUGUCCAUCUCUGGAGUGCUGAUCUUGCUGCUGCCCCUGUCUCUCAUUGCUACCUCCUACAGCCAUGUGUUGGGGGCCAUUCUCCGCAUGCACAUAACUGAGGCUCAACACAAGGCCUUUACCACUUGCUCUUCACACAUCACCGUGGUCGGGCUCUUUUAUGGGGCAGCCGUGUUCAUGUACAUGGUACCAAGCACCUACCACAGCCCACAGCAGGACAAUGUAGUCUCCCUCUUCUACAGUCUUAUCACUCCCAUGCUCAACCCCCUUAUCUAUAGCCUGAGGAACCGAGAAGUUCGAGUGGCUUUGGUCAAGAUCCUUGGCAGGGCUGGCUUCAGAUCAAAGAGAUGA